AUGGUGUUUUCUUGCAGGUGUUUCUCAGUCUAUUUUGGAGAAGAGACCGAGUACCUAACCAUAGCAAAAUCUUCAAGCGAAAGCUAUCAUACUGCUUGUUCGGAAUUCGAUGGAAAACGAUUUGUAUCCGAACCUAAUUUUCAGGAUGAGUUACCCGAUUUAGCAGAGAGAUCAAGGAAUCCGCGAGUAUUUACACUUACUGAGCUCAAAGCAGCCACUACAAAUUUCUGCAGGUCUUCAAAGAUUCGCGAAAGUGAAUCAGGAAGUGUUCGUAUGGGCAGGAUCAAGAGUUCUGUGUAUCCGUAUAAGACGAUUAAGGUGUCUGUGAAGCUACGUAAUAGUGGAGUACUGCAGGGUGACAAGCAGUUAGCGACAGAAGUCAAUGAACUGUGGAAGAUUGAGCAUCCAAACCUCGUCAAGCUAAUUGGUUACUGUGAUGAGGUUGAACGAAAUGGAACCCUUGAGCUUAUAGUUCAUGAAUAUAUGUCUAAUGGAAGCUUGCAUGAUCAUUUAUCAGCUAUGUCAGAUGCACCCAUUUCAUGGGCCAGAAGAUUGCGUGUAGCACGUGAUACUGCAUGUGGCUUGGCAUACCUACAUGAAGGAAUGGACUACUCGAUUAUCUUCAGAGAUUUCACACCCUCUAACAUUCUUCUGGAUAAAGAAUGGCAUGCUAAGCUUUUAAACUUUGGCAACACAUCAGUAAGUACUUCAGAAGGACAGACCCAUGUAUCAGGGUAUGCAGCUCCUGAAUAUCUGAAGACGGGAUAUCUAACAACAAAGAGCAACGUAUGGAGCUAUGGAGUCUUGUUGUAUGUGCUUAUCACAGGUUGGCCUCCAUUAGAUCCUCAUCGCCCCAUGAACGAGCAAAAGCUCUUGGACUGGGUGAAACCCUACUUAUCGGACGACAAAUUUUGCCAAAUAGUCGACUCUAGGAUUGAGAUCGACGAUUUUGGUUUACGUGAAGCAAAAAGACUGUCGAUUAUAGCCAAUAAUUGCUUGCGCAAAAACAUAAAGCUACGACCAAAGAUGAGCCGUGUUUUGGAUAUGCUUGACCAGCUCAUGACGAAAUCUGUAAUGGAAAGAGCUAGUGACAAUGCAGACCGAGUUUUGCAUGAACCAUAUAGUUCUAUGAAAAUGAAAUUCAAAGGUAAGAGAAGAUUUGAAUGCUUGUCUUGUAUAUGUUCAUCGACCAAAUAG